CAAACCUAAAGACAUGCAGCGCCUGGAGCGUGACAUAAAAGAAGUCCUGUCAAAAUUUCUUCAAAGCGAUGAUCUGAAAGAACAGCUAGUAUCAGCAACGCAGCAGUGCGUGCAGGAGUCGAUACAAAACAUACUGUCAGACGGCUUGUCGGCGCGCUAUCUGCCAGCACUGAAACGCUCCCAACAACAUCUGCUCAACCACGUCACUAACGUCAUCCGGGAAUCAUUUAGAGAGUUGGAAGAUAACACGAAACUGCUAUCCAUAUCUGUGCACAGAAGAACGAAGACCCUGCGCAGAACGCUGCAGGAGCACCAGAAUCUGUUGGAGAAGGUGGAUCUCAACGGGAACCUGUUCGGAGAUUUGAAGAGAGGACUGCAAGAAAUCCUUCAAGAGGAAUUAAGGUUAUGGCGCGAGAGUCUAUUCGACGUGUUGUUCACACAGAGCCGCGAGCAGCGCACUAGUGAAGACGAGGUGUCGAGUACAUCAUCCUUCGUGCCGAGCAGUCCGCCGCAGCCCGCAGACCCCAAGAAGUCUAUUAUUGAUCAGCUGUUGAAAUCAGCGGAGAUCCAGAAGCUGAUGCGCGCGGGGAGGGUGAACAGUGCAUUCGAGCAGGCGCUGUCUGCGGGCGAGCUGGCGCUGGUGGUGGCGGCGUGCCGCGCGGCCGAGCCGGCGCGCGUGUUCGCGCCGCGCUGCUGUCUGCUGCAGCCCACGCUGCUCUCCCUCGCGCAGCAGCUCGCCACGGACAUGGUGCACGACACACAGCUCAAGUGCAGAUAUCUAGAAGAUGCUAUCAUCAACUUAAACCCCUUGGACGCGGUGACACGCAGCCACCUGCCAGUCGUGGUGAGGGAAGUCCGCAGCCAUCUCACAAAGUUUCUGACAGACUACCCGAACCACGUGGCCGGUCGCAGAGUAGCACUCAUUAUCAUGGCCGCCAAUAACUUAUUGAGUUAA